UGGAAAACUUAUUAGGCAAUCUGAGCAAAACUGGGGCAACCCUCGAGAAUGCCACAACGCUGCGUCUCCCAACGCGCCCUCGCGACCAACAUCUCGAAGAUUUUGCGCCCACAUUAGGUCCAGGCUCGUCGCAGAGGAACGGCACGUACGGCACUAAGGGCUCGAGCCAGUCGAGCACCCAAAGUCGAGUAGGGAACUCCAAGUUCAAACCUGCUUUGGCCCCGGUCUCGAAGCAUUCUGGCACGCGCCCUUCGAGUAGCGGUACGGCAGGGACGACGAGCAAGAGCAAGAGCGGGUCAAGUAGGCCAGGCACACAGGAGGCGAAGGGUUCGAUGAUCAAGAAACCCCAGUUUACGACGUUCACUGGGUAUGCUGACUACGAUGAAGAGGUCAGCUCGUCGGAGGAUGAGAUGGAUUUGUUCUCCUCUCAGCCAGGAUACUCAGACGAUGAACGCCGCGGGUACAAGUCCUCCAAGGCGUCCGAGAAGACCAAGUCUCCCAAACGCGGCGGUAGUGGGAGCUCCUGGCCGGCUGGUUUCGACGCAGGCACGCCGCGACCGAAGGCUAGUCAAAGCAGCAAGACAAAGGCAGAUAAGAAGCGCGCGGAGGAGGUGGAUAUCGACUUUACGGUGGAGACCCACCACCAGCACUCGCACGACCCUGCCGUUCUGGACCAGAAAUCAAGGAACCUGUCCAAGUUGAAGAUGAACAAGACCAAGAAGGUUGGCGCUGGCCAGGAUCUCCUUGGGUCUUCUUCACUUGCGCCAUCAUCCUCCUCUACGUCGUUGAAGCCGAGCAAACCCCCGUCUAAGGAGAAUGGUCCGUCGCGCACUUAUAAGGAGAAGCCCAAGUUUUUAGACCCGCCCUCGAGAGGCAGAGACGACCAAGCACCGCCCCUAGUAAUUCGCGUCAGCCCUCUCAGCGCGAAAAGCGCCAAUUCCAACCGUCGCAGAUCGCCCACACCGCCCCCUCCUCGACCGUCCCAGUCAUCUUCGAGGCCAACUACAAAGCCUCUUCUCAUGACUGAAGUCACUGCUGGACCCUCGAAACCCCGCCCCAAACCGCGACCCAUCACAAAAUCGCAGACAGUCGCCGACCUGCCUAGCUCGCAAGGCAGCCGGUCAUCGUUUGGGCAAGGGGGCUCACAAACGCGUCCGGCGUUGUCGAUGACGGAUAUCCUAGACCUUUCGCAGUCGCAAGGACCUUCAACAUCUCGGAGGAAGUCGUCUCAACUUCGACAUCGUUCGCGUUCGCGGUCAAGAGAGAGAUCGAGAGAACCGUCUCCUGAGUGUGAGGUUCGCGUUGUCCCGCAGCCCUUUCCCCACCUGUCGCCGACCUCGUCUCCUGCGAAGCCCCGUCCUGCAGAAUUUCCUCUUAUGUCACCUCUGAAAGAGUCGCUGGAAGAGGAGCCGCGACAUAGGUCGAAAUCCUCGUUUGCACGCAUACCGCAAGCGUUUCCAAUGUCUCCGCCGCUGUCAAAGGACGUGCAAGAAGAUUCGAGUGACAAAACCCGUGCGAAGCUUUCAAGGACGAGCAAGGAGAAGUCCCUAUUUUUGGAGGAGGAGGACGUGCCCGCGGUUGUGAAGAAACGCGCAGGCAAGGAGAAGGAGAAGGAGAAGGAGAGAGAUACGCGGAAGACGAUCGGGUCGACGAUGAUACGUGUUAGGAAGCAGAAACUGGACCCAUUCCCUAUGAGCACGCAGGUGUUGGCGAGCAUUAGCUCGCCUAGUGCUCCUAGGACACUAUCCUCUUCAGGAUCGACUCCUCCGUCCAGGAAGAGGGCAUCGGAGGAUGGCAGUGGAGACGACCAUGUCUCGAAGAAGUCGAGGAAGUCCAUUUCUGAGCUUCUUCGAUCGCCAACACGUUUACCCUUCGAGGACGAGGGCGAUUCAAGCACCAUUUCUCCAAACGUCGAUCCACGAACACUCUGUCCUUACUGUGAUGUGCCUCUGCCCUCCAGCCCAUCUCCUCUCCUCCUUGGAAUCUUCUCAGACAUCAAGAAGAAAUCCACACACGAUCCGCGUCCUUCCAAUCCACUUGGGCUCAAGGCCCCACUCGCAAUAUUCAUCGCUGCCUGCCAGAGACACCGGUUCGAGUCGCAGAUCCUGCCUGAGGCAGAGAAAAAGGGCUGGCCGAAGACGAUUGAUUGGAAGAAGCUCGGUGGGCGGAUUGCGAGGAUGAAGAGGGAUUUGAAGGCUUUGAUUGAAGACCCUGGAGAGGCGCGCAAGGAAGGCGGAGAGGAGAGUGAAGAGGAUGAUGAUUGGGACGUGGUAUACAGUCGGGAUAAGGGCAAGCAGAAGGGGGUGAAGAGCAAGAAGGGGGCGAAGGAGAGGAGUAUCUUUUGGAUGGAGAUUAUGACGGAGAUCAAAGCGAAGGGGGCGAGAGCCGUCGCGGGUGUUCGUGGACAGUUUACGAACUUUGAGAAGGCGCAACCUGGAUAGUAUGGAGAGCUGGGCUCUGUCAUCAUCCAUCAGACGUUGUACAACAUGUUCCCUCCGUCAGAGAUGGAACCCCAUCUCAUAGCACCACUGACAGCGAACGAGUUCGUCCAACGCAUCCUUGUGCCCGAAGUCGCCCUUCGGUUGAUUAUGGAAGAUAAUCACCUCAAUGGCGAGGAUGGGAUGCGCGAAGCCUUAACAAUCUUGAGAGACAGCUCAGCAUAUGGUGUCGCCAUGUUUCCUGAGGACGGCGGAGAGUGGGGUGGCGGGGGAAGGAAGAGGGGCGAGGCAGACGAGGAGAAGAUGGGUGUCGGAGAUAUGAUCGUCAUGGAGAGGGCGAGGAAGAGGAGGAAGGAGCUUGAGGAGGAGGAAGAGCAAGAAAGACGAGCUGCAGAGGCAGAGAAGGAGAGGAAGGCGGCUGAGGAGAGAGAAAGGGAGCAAAGGAGAGAAAGGGAGGCUCGGCGGAAGAGAGGAGAUAUAGACAAGCAGGAGGCAGCCUCAGAUGUGCUGCCUGAAGCCAUCAAGCCCCCACGGCCCCGACCACGACCUAUUGCCAAAGGGUCGAGCGCCAUGAGCGUCGUCGCGCCACGAGAGUCGGAAGACGAUUCUCGAAGACGACAGGCCCAUAGAAGCACAACUCGAAGCAAGAGCCGAACCCAGAGCGUAGCCAGCAACCGCUCACACAUGGACACCGACCCAGCGAGCGGAAUCGAGACCUCUAUUGAGAUCAGCGACAGUGACAGCGACAAUGCACACCGGCCGACGUCGGAGGAGAGGCGGCGGUCGCCGUCUGCCAGCGAGAGCCGUCCGGGACAGAGAGCUAGCAAGCCGAGUUCGACACGCUCGAUGAGCAGAGGCAUUGAACGACUCGGCUUCGAGUCGUCGGGCAGUAGCACGAGUACGAAGGCGGUGGUUGACUCAAAACGGACUCGAUCGAGGAGCUCAUCGAGGGUACAGAUGCCCAAGCCACAGGCAAGAGGGGACACGAAGAUGAUCAUUGACGAUGAAGAUAGCGAGGACGAUCUCGUCGAGUUCCAGCGAUUCCUGAAUACAACGACGCCCGUUCCGAAGCGUCGCGGAUCUUCUAGGCAGACUACUCUAGAGAUCUCUAGCGACGAGGAGAAUACACCGAAGGCCCAAGCUCCACGUGGUGUCGACGAUGUGUCUCGCUUGCCACCCCUCCUGCGCGCACAGGCGCGCCCAAAGGGUUCCCAGAGCUCUCUUACACAGUUCAAGCAGACACACCUGGGAACUACAACCUCGAGCAAACCCUCCAGAUCGUCUUCGAAGGCCAGCAGUACCCUGGAGCAGAAAGAAAGCUUUGGAUGGCUCCUGAGCUCCCAGAGCUCGCCGUCGCCUCUUACAGGAGAGACAACACUACCGAAACGAUAGA